GCGGACAACAGGCUGCGAAAUUCUGAUUCGGUACAUGGUUGUUGAAGAUAGUUUAUUGUUGUUUUUUUUUGUGACCAGAGGAAGGUUUUGGUGCUCCUUGCUGAUAUUACUUUCCAGCUUAAGACGCUCCCUUCGCAACAAAUAAACUGGAAAAAACUGCUGAUCGCGCCGAACAACAACGACGACGACGACAACGACGACGUCGAGUAUAUAUAGUGUUACUGUUGUGGUAGUGGUUCAUGCAGCAUUUUUGGGUUCACACGACUUGAAUGCGCACUUGCAUCUGGGAGACGAAACUCGAAAAAACCGAUCGCGAUAUUCUGCCAAUAGCAUCACAUACGCGGCGGUGGUGUGUUGCAUAAGACUGUGAGCUCAAUCAUUCCGAAGUUUGCUGCAGAAAAUGUCUUACCAGUGCAAGAAUUGUGAACGCGAAAAGGAUCAGAAUAACAACUAUGUAAACGCAACGUACGCGGCUAACGCUCACGGAACUCGUGGCAGCCGAGCCAGUUCCGCUAGGACCCCAGCUGAGCAUCCUGUGCGAACCCGGAAUGCCAGCAACGGUAGAAACAAUGAAGCCACAGUCGGUGGUGGUGGCGGUGGCGCACCCCAAGGGCCGGGUUCCGGUACCGGUGCUACUCAGGUGACGGCCAAGGUUAUGUGGGGUAGUGUCGGAGCGAUCAAAGAACUUCGCGAGAAAGAACAAGCCGAACGAAAUCAGGUCACCAGAGCCGGGCGUCGGCAGUAGUAGGCAGUGCUCUAGUGGUGGUGUUUUCAAGCAAACGGAAGAUUUUUUUUUGUUGUUGUUCAACCGGAGCUUGCAUAUCUUCAAUGUUAUCAACUUUUAUUCAAACUAGUUAUUAAUUCAUUAUAUGCUAUCAUUUAUUGGGUACAACAUUUGUAACAGCCGACACGCAGAACUACAUCAUUGAGCUGAUCAGUUGUGUCAUUCUCCUGACCUCAAUCACCAUAUUCAUCUAUGCCAUUACACUCGGACCGUGCUGCCGUACGGAAGCAUUGACCGCUUCCAGUACCAACAUCUUUCGCAAUGACAAUAACGGUGACCACAACGACAACGA